GUAUAGCAGUCACAUCAUCAUUGUCAUCCCUCCACACUACAACAUGCUCGGCAUGCUCGUGCUUUUACAUCACCGCUUACCACCCUAUAUUUAGUAGACUGUGCCCGCGACAUUGCACCUCAGUCUUUUCCACUUAGACAACAGAGGUACCUACUUCAAUAUCAGAGUCUUUUCCAUUCAGACCGAGUCUUUCGAUUUUCUAUCGCACCCAACGUCCGUUGAUCAUAUUACCCUGAUCACGAAUUACCAAUGGCAACUUGUGCUUCUGCCCCAUUUGAUCAUGCUCAAGCAGACGUUAUCUUACGGUCAGCUGACGGGGUUGAGUUUCGAGUCUUCAAGCUCUUCCUCUCCCUUGCCUCUCCAUUAUUUGAGACCUUGUUUGGCCUUCCCCAGGCACCUGAUGGCGCUACCGAUCAAGAGAUGAAGGAUGGCUUAGCAGUCAUCGCCAUGUCUGAGGACAGCAAAACACUAGAUUCUUUUCUCAGGUUUUGCUAUCCAUCGACACUGGCAGAAGAUCCUUCCCUCGAGAACCUGGAAGACAUCCUGUCUAUUCUCGCAGCUGCGAGGAAGUAUUCGCUAGACCUGAUCGAGAGAAAAGUGUGUCAGGCUCUGGCGAAUCCGAAGGUUCUCGAGACGGAACCCAUUCGCUGCUUCGCGAUUGCCCAGAAUGCACGACUCAAGCAUGAAACCAUCACCGCUGCCAGACACACCUUACGACACCCGUUAGUUCCUGCGCAAUUCCCAGAGAUCGGGCUUAUCACCGCGUCCGAACUUCUUGCCCUGCUAACAUACCAUAAAAAUUGCGGUAUCGCCGUACAACCUUUAACGAAGGACCUGAAGUGGUUGACAGAUCACUAUGUCAAUCAAAAUGCCUGCCGUUGGCUAUUAGGCCCCUACUACAACGGGACCUGUAGCUGUGGACAGGUUACCGACAACAAAUUUUCGCUCUGGGGUAUUCAGACGGUUACAUGGUGGGCAACAUAUAUGCAGGAGUUGUCCGAGUUGUUGAUGGAUAGACCGUCCGGCGACACUGUGAGGACAGCAACAGACAAGACAAUCCAAAAGGUUAGAAGUAAAAACUGUGGCGCUUGUUCUAGCUCCGUGAAGGCAAACAUGACGGAGUUUAGUGACUUGCUUGCUCUGAAAGUCGACGAGGCAGUCGCUCCGGUAUGCACCUUGCUCUAUAUCAGAGAAAGAUUCUGAGACUUCCCAAUAGAUCGAGCUGGAGGUGGACUUUUGACCCUCAUCAAUGAUGUCUGUGGGCUUGUGUUGAAGAGUGGUACCCAAGAGCCCCCGGAGUGUCCGUGUUGACUGGUUCUUAGAGAACGAGAUGUGUUGUACUCGAUCGAAUUGUAAAUAUAUGCCCAUGUAUUAGCACCCAGUGUUUGCGCGUGUACAACGGUGUAUGCUUGAGCCCGUCAA